UUAAUCUACAAUACAAUCCACAAUUGGGCACACCCACCCGUAAAAAUCCGGUAUGGUCACCGCAUAAUUCGCUUUUAAAAAAAGCUAAGCAUAUCUUCAAUCGGUUCGGAAUACCAAAAUGUCAAUAUGGGACUUAACAUAGUAUUGAUGCACCGAGUUCGUUUGUUUGAUGUGAUAAAAUUGGAAGGGCGAUAAGGCUGCAACUACGCGCUCUCACUAUCUUAUCAAUCGGUGUUGUUUUCCUUUCUAUUUUCUAAGCGUCUCACCUGCGAAGGUACGGAAGCAUCAGUCACGCUUGAGUCACGGAUAAGGUGGAAGCUAGCGGUUGCAAUUUAGUUUUUGAAGUAUUGAAACGAUUUGUUGGACUUUAAAACACAUCUCAACACCGUUUGCGACAUCCGAAACCAAUCAGUUUUAAAAUUCUUCAAAACAGGUCCACGUGGACAUACUCAGUAAGCUUUAAUCAUUCUUAUGUGGACAACCAGUGAUUAAUUAUCGCAAUGGGUCACUCAAAUCAUCCGGGAGGUAUCUGCAAAAUCCUUCGUAGAACUCUUAAAUCCAGUCCCAUCGCAACGCUAAUUCUGUUGGUUUCAUUCGUAACGUUUGUGUGGUUAGUUGUGGAUACCACUAGCUGGCUAGGAUCCACUAGGCGCGAUUCUCCGUACGAGAAAAUCGCGGAUGAGGUAAGCUUACAAAGCAGAUGGAGUGAAAGUUCGGUACAAAUCUUCUUCGAUCUGCUGGAGAUAGAAACAAACAUUACCGCGCUGUUGAUCCAGGAUCAGGUUGAGCCGUGUCCGUUGAAGGGUGAGAUAGUUUUCACAGCUUUUGUUGAUGAUACCUUGGAAGGUCGUCUGUGGCAAUACUACACACUAAUUGCACUCCGGCAGAGCUUGACGGAACGGGGUAUGCGGGUGAAGUCGUACUUACCGAAGACUACCAAACAACGAUUGGAACAGCUUUUCACCAGCGUCCCGAUGGAGGUAAUCGGUGAACUAUCGUUCGAUUGUUACGAUAUGGGAAGUGCACACAUCAUUUCAAGCACAACCGAUAUACCCCUCCCACGCAAGCAGGAUCAAAUUUACAUUCUAGAUAGUGGCAGCAGACGCUAUCAGAAUUUGAUAGAAACAGAUUGGAGUCGGGAGGGACAAAUGUUACAAAUCACGAAAAGCUCAGCUGCAGCAGAAUAUUUGUACAAACUUACCCAGAAGAGUCCCUCAACUCGACUGCACCACACAGCGCUAGAAUUUGUUGGCAUCUACAUUCGGCUUGACGAUGCCCUUCCGUUCGAUUACUACUACCGUGCCAUCGCAUUUCAGCGGAAACUGCAAAGCGCCAGGCUGAUCUUUGUAGUGAUCUGCGAAGAGCCACAUGGCAAUCUGUGUCAGAAGAUCAACGCUCCCCAGGAGGAGGUUUACGUGCAACCCAGCGGGCGACAGCAUCCCGGGUAUGACUUUGCAUUGAUGUCACUGUGCAACCACACGAUUAUCUCUAACCAAGUGGGGAUAUUUCAUGCGCUCUAUAACGGCAGGGAUACAGUGGUGUACGAAUUUGAAGAUUCCGAGCAGAGGCUAAAGUAUGUUCCGUGGUUGGUAGCUAGCGAAUUGUACAAUUGGUAUAUGCUGAGCUAGGGUUCUUAAUAAAUACGAUAUGGAAUGGUAAUUCUAAUAGGUACCUUAUAUUUGUUAUUUCAGAGUUCCUGGUAGGGGAACCGUGGGUAAGCCCGUCAAUGGGGAUAAGACCGGCACCCCUUGAGUUUUACUAGAAAACUCUAAUUAACUAUAUUGUUGAACACAGUACAUGUUAGUAUUUAUUAUUUUAAACGUUUUAAAUCAAAUCCUACCCACCCUGAUACGUCAAAUGUUAAAAUACUAAUCAAAACAAACGCGAGUGCCGAUGAUGUGCAACCGGAUUUUUCGGUAGUGGGUUCGAAUCCUUUUUCGUAGUUCUACAGUUUGUCCCCUGGAUUGUUAACUUUCUCUGAGAUUCGAGUUGAGU